GAAGAUUGGGAAAGAUACAGGGAGAGAAGCUUGUGACGACUCACUUCAAGCCUUAAAUCAAGUUAGCUUUGGAGAUUAUACCAAUGGAUACCUUGAAUUCACCAGCAUUAUGCUUAAGAAAACACAUGGAAACUAUACGAUGGAAAGAGGUGUUGAGCAAUCAUGGCGGCCUUUAAGAGAAUGACCAUCACUCCGGACAACAUAUACGCCACUGUCAACAGGUUAAAGAAGAGCCGUGCUGGUGAAAAAGGUGAUUUCCAUUUUGCUUCAGGGGACAACAACCACGGUGGACAAAGAAGAGAGAGGGCACACAAACUUCCCUUCACCCCGUUGGAAAACCAGAGGGAAGAAUCACCCAUGAUGGCGCACAGGAGGCCGAGCUUCGACCCUCACAAUGAGAACUCUCUCCUGGUAGGCAACAAGCUCCCCAGAUCCAAUGGAGGCAAAAUCAAGGACAAGAUUUCUUUAUGGGAGGGGAAGGAACCCACUCAUUCACCCAUCACCUCAGGUUCUUUGGGCCAAUGCCACAGCAUAACAAGGACAGAAUCCCUUACAAAGAAUGGUAAAAACUCUGAUGGACUGAGUGAAGAGAAUUGCAAGAGAGUAGCCCAAAAGGAAAAGGAAAAUCUUGGUAAAGAGAAUGUUGGCAAACUUGGGGAUUCAAGGCCUUGUUCACCUGUUGAAACUGGGAAACAGCAAAGAGGGACGCUCAAGAACAGCAAGCACAGUGAGAGCAAAAAAGGGGGGGAUUGCGGCGGAAUAGAUCACGAGAAAGAGAAUGUAGAAAAGCUUAGGGAUUCAAGGCCUUGUUCGCCUUCAAUAGCAGUGCAGCAGCAGAUGGGGACGCUGAAGAAAAGCAAUGAAAGGAAACCAGCAGAACAGGCCAACCAGGAGAAGAGAGCUGUGUUCACCCUUUUUAAAAACCUGGACGCAAUGGGGGAGAACCAUGGGAAAAGUCCUCCAGAGCUUGGGAACUACUUCAGCCCACCUUGCAAGGACAAACAGGUAGUUAUGGGUGAAACUGGUUCAGUGAAAGAGACGCAGCACCAGGAGAAUGUGUACACAGAGCCGGGGUCGCCCCCUAUCAACCCAGUGCCCAAACCCCAACGGACCUUUGAGCAUCCAACUAUCGUCGCCAUCGGGAAAAGUCAGAGUAAGGGCAGAGAGCAGAGGAACCUCCCCCCACUGCCCUCCACCUUGCCACCCACCUCUACAAAAACGUCCUCAAAACCUCCCUCUGGUGUCUAUGGGAGACCCCGGGGUGAGAGAGUUAGAGACAACAUCAAAAGGAAAUCCUUUGAGUUUGAAGACCUCAAAAUGUCAACUAGCCCGCUUUUCUCUCGCCUACCAGAACAUCACUAUGAAGACAUCCCAGACUCGUCCAAAGAGAACCCAUAUGAGGACAUAGAGUUGGAGAGUCAAUGCUCCCAGCAGUCUUUGCCCUCCUCUCCUGGUGCAGAAACUACCAAGACCUUGAGGCCAGGCUUCUUCAGGCAGAAUUCAGGCAGGGGCUUUAAGCUGCUGGACCUGCGGAGAAGCAACCAGUCGCCCCACAGCACCAGCAGUGGAGGGGUUUCAUCUCCACCCCAGCUCAGCCCUCCCUCCACUCCUGGGCCUGAACACACUUACUUGCUCCCCGGGGAUCCUUACAGCCGCACCUGCCGCAGGAUACCAACGGUCGUGCUUAGAAUCAACAGCAUCUUUGAGGCGAAGAUCGGGAAGAAACAUCUCCGAAGGAUCUAUCAUUACGCUGAGACAAGCUCAGGGAGAGUAACAGAUGAGAACAGUGACUCUGAGAGUGAAGUUGAAGAAAGAUCAAGAGCUCAUCGUCAGCGUCUCGUGUCAGUCCAGUCCAUACUGAGCCAGCCAAGCCAGGCUCAAGUCCAUUACAACGGUUCCAACACCAGCAAGCGCUCUCGGGAAAAGGAGCUCCACCAGCGUCAGCUGUUUGAAUAUUUUCUAGUUGUGUCGCUGCAGAAAUCGAAGGCUGGUGCCCAUUAUCUGCCAGAGGUCACACAGCAGUUCCCACCAAAGGUCAGGAGCAGAGGAGGGCAUGAGGCCUAG